AUGGAUUUCUGUGCGAUGAAAUGUCUACCUACAAUCGAUGCUGACGGUAGACAUGAUCGUAAACCCACUUUGAAUAUAAACACAUCCCUAGAGCCACUGACCACAUCGACUGGCCGGCUACAGCUACCGCCGCAUACUGCGAGCUUCUAA